AUGCCCGUUUCUGUAUGCAAUGACUGCUGCCUCCCAGGUAAUCAGAAGAAAAGUAAGGAAGGACAGAAAUUUUGCUGCUAUGAUUGUACUCCAUGUCCAGAAGGGAAGAUUUCAAACCAGAAUGACAUGGCUGAUUGCUUCAGAUGCCCAGAAGAUAAGUAUCCAAACAGGAAGAAAAAUAGAUGCCUCUCCAAAACUAUAAGCUUUCUUUCUUAUGAGGAACCUUUAGGGAUUGGCUUGGCCUCCGUUGCUCUCCCUUUCCCCCUGAUCACAGCUUUGGUGCUAGGAACUUUUAUUCAACACAAAGACACUCCCAUUGUCAAAGCCAACAACAGAGAUCUUACCUACACUCUCCUAAUUGCCCUUCUACUCUGCUUCCUUUCAUCUUUUCUGUUUAUUGGACACCCUGGGAAAGUGACCUGCCUUCUUCGACAACCAACUUUUGGCAUCGUCUUCUCUGUGGCAGUUUCCUGUGUGUUGGCCAAAACCAUCACUGUAGUUGCAGCUUUCAUGGCCACCAAGCCAGGGUCCAGUAUGAGGAAGUGGGUAGGGAAAAAAAUGACCAACUCCAUUGUCCUGUCCUGCUCUCUUUUUCAAGCGAUUAUUGGUAGUGGCUGGCUGAUGACCUCUCCCCCAUUCCCUGCUUUAGACAUGCACUCAGUAAAGGAAGAAACCAUUGUGCAAUGUAAUGAAGGCUCAGUGACCAUGUUUUAUUGUGUUCUGGGCUACGUGGGCCUCCUGGCCACUGCCAGCUUCAUUGUGGCAUUUGCAGCUCGCAAAUUACCAGACAGUUUCAAUGAAGCCAAGUUCAUUACCUUCAGCAUGCUGGUGUUUUGCAGUGUUUGGAUUUCCUUUCUCCCAACCUAUCUGAGCACCAAGGGUAAAUACAUGGUGGUGGUGGAGAUCUUCUCUAUCGUGUCCUCCAGUGCUGGAUUAUUGGGCUGCAUCUUUGCCCCUAAAUGCUACAUCAUUUUGCUGAGGCCUGAACUGAACUGCAGAGAACAACUAGUAAGGAGAAAUAAAUAA